CAGGGGGAGCCAAUCACAGAGCUUGCUAUCUGACUCACAGCACGGAGCUGGAAGCACAGCAGCGUCAGCUGAGUCUGGAUGUGUUGCGGCCGUCGUAGCAAGAAAAAUAAAAUAAUCCACCCAAAAGUAAAGCACGACAGUAGAAUUUGCAACCUGACUCGUUCCUAGUGACCCACAAGAGAGAGAGAAGAGAGAAGAGAAGCCGCACAGACGACGCGCAGCGGGGCUAACGCAUUCAGCGUUCACAUCAACCCGGCAAACAAAGAGACCCCUUUCCAACGUCAACAUUUUUCCUCCAUAUUCAAUAGUUAUGAGUCAUGUGGCCGUCGACAAUGUCCACGGUCUAGAGCAGCAGCUCGCUGUCCUGGACUUGGCAGCGGCAGAAGGUCAGGGUGGCGGCACUGGCAGGCGGUACAUUCCUCCACAUUUAAGGAACAACGAAAUUCCCCAAAAUGCAGGAAAUGCGUUCUCUGCCGGACGACAGCCCGGCUUCGCCAUGACUCCCGGGCCCAACUACGGCGUGGGCGGCUGGGACGGCGGCCGCAACACCUUUGUGAACGGCUACCACGACAACCGGCUGAACGGCGCCAACACCUUCAACCGCGGGCCGCCGCGAAUGGAGCGGGGGCGGGGCCUCAGCGGAGGCGGAGGGGGAUACCGCGGCAACAGGGGCGGCGGCACCUUCAACCCCAUCAGCCCCAUCAACCCCAUGCAGCCCAUGGCGUUUGGCGGCUACGAGAAUAAAGGCGUCGGCCAAGCGACUAAAGGCUUUGUCACCAUGCCGACAGACGCCGGCUGGAACACUGUAAAGGAGGCGUACGGCGGCGGCGGCGGCGGAGGCUUCGGUAACAACCGCGGCAAGUCGGCCUUCUUCAACGACCGCGGAAACGCAAACAGAGGACGUUUCGACCGCGGUGGCUUCGGCGGAGGCGGCGGUGGUGGUGGUGGGGGCGGCGGUGGAGGUGGAGGCGGAGGCAACAGUCGCUGGGUUGAGGAGAGCAGAGACGACGAAGACUGGUCCAAACAAACCCCGCAAAACGAACGCCUCGAAAGUGAGCUGUUUUCCAGCAGCAACACCGGGAUCAACUUUGAGAAGUAUGACGACAUUCCUGUGGAGGCCACCGGCCAGAACUGCCCGCAUCACAUCGAGAGUUUCCAGGACAUUGCGAUGGGAGAUAUUGUGAUGUCCAACAUCGCUCUGACCCGCUACACCCGGCCGACCCCCGUGCAGAAGUACGCCAUUCCCAUCAUUAAGAGCAAGAGAGACCUGAUGGCCUGCGCACAGACAGGGUCCGGUAAGACGGCUGCGUUCCUGUUGCCUAUCCUCAGCCAGAUCUUCGCGGAUGGGCCAGGAGAUGCACUGGCUGCGGCUAAGGCGUCUGGACAGGACAAUGGGAAAUAUGGGCGUCGCAAGCAGUACCCCAUCUCCCUGGUGCUAGCCCCCACCAGAGAGCUGGCCCUGCAGAUAUACGAUGAGGCCAGGAAGUUCUCGUACCGGUCGCGGGUGCGUCCCUGCGUGGUGUACGGUGGCGCCGACAUCGGGCAGCAGAUCAGGGACCUGGAGCGAGGCUGUCACCUGCUGGUGGCCACGCCCGGCCGGCUGGUGGACAUGAUGGAGAGGGGCAAGAUCGGCCUGGACUUCUGCAACUACCUGGUUCUGGACGAGGCGGACCGCAUGCUCGACAUGGGCUUCGAGCCCCAGAUCCGGCGCAUCGUGGAGCAGGACACCAUGCCCUCCAAGGGCCUGCGUCAGACCAUGAUGUUCAGCGCCACCUUCCCCAAGGAGAUCCAGAUCCUCGCCAGGGAUUUCCUCGAGGACUACAUCUUCCUGGCGGUGGGGCGGGUCGGCUCCACCUCUGAGAACAUCACCCAGAAGGUGGUGUGGGUGGAGGAGAGCGACAAGCGGUCCUUCCUGCUCGACCUCCUCAACGCCACAGUGAUCCCCAGCGAGAUACAGGACAAUACAGGAGAGACCAUAGAAAAGCCCGGGAAGGACUCUCUCACACUGGUGUUCGUUGAGACCAAGAAGGGCGCCGACGCCCUGGAGGACUUCCUGUACCGCGAGGGCUACGCCUGCACCAGUAUCCACGGCGACCGGUCCCAGCGCGACCGCGAGGAGGCGCUGCACCAGUUCCGCUCCGGACGCUGCCCCAUCCUGGUUGCCACCGCGGUGGCAGCUCGAGGCCUGGACAUCUCCAACGUGAAGCAUGUCAUCAACUUCGACCUGCCCAGUGACAUCGAGGAGUACGUCCACCGUAUUGGGCGUACGGGCCGCGUGGGGAACCUGGGUCUGGCAACGUCGUUCUUCAACGACAAGAACGGCAACAUCACGAAGGACCUCCUGGACAUCCUGGUGGAGGCCAAGCAGGAGGUGCCGUCCUGGCUGGAGAGCCUCGCCUACGAGCACCAGCACAAGAGCACCGGCCGCGGGCGCUCCAAGAGGUCAAGUUACCGUUCUGCUGGACAGGUUCCCAGGUUCUCCGGUGGGUUCGCCGCCAGGGACUACCGCCAGACCAGCGCCGCUAGUAACCCCGGGGGCUUUGGUGGUCGCGGCGGCGGCCGCAACCAAUCGGUGCACGGAGGGAACCGCGGAUUCGGAGGAGGGGGCUUCGGGAACUUCUACAGCAGCGACGGCUACGGGGGCAACUACUCCCACUCCCAGGUGGACUGGUGGGGCAACUAAACCCCUCCCCCAAAUGACCCUUCACCCCUCCCCCUUUGUCCAUCGUCGUCCUUCUCUUACUCUCACCGUACCCUCCCCUAGUGGUUUAUUUGUUUUCGUUCCACAGCAUGCCCCCCUGUGCGGAAAUGUUGUGCCCCCCCCUUUUUAGAUCCUCUUCCUCGUCCAGCAUCCCCUCCACCUCCUCCCAUUACAGAGUCCACAGCCCUAAACGGAUCCCACACAAUAGUCAGUUGUUUUUCAUGGGACUUUGUGUCUUUGAUCGCUUGCUAGCCCCGCCCCCUAAACCCCCACCCCCUCAGCUUCUAGUGCACUUUGGUUCAUCAUCACCGUGACGAACGCAAAGCUCCCCCUUAACGCUGGGGAUUCGAAACGGAGAGUCUUGAGUCGUCGAGUUAAAAAAAAUAAAACGAUAAUUAAAACUUAGUUUCCCCUUAAAAAUCGCUCAGGGGGAAUCACACUGCGGGAGGGAGGUAUGACCUCAAGUUCAUCGACCUUUGGGUUGCGGUGACCGCCGUAGUGUUCACUCCCCCCCCCCCUAUGUAGCUGUCACUCACCGCCUCCCCCCUCCCCUGACUUCAGCGUAUGACCAGCCUGUGUUUCCCAGAUCCACACUAACUUAACUCCCUUAAUCCACGGCUCGGCAUUCAAAGGCAUGACGCCAGAUCCCCCCCCCCCCCCCCUCCCUCCCCCCUGGACUUAAGUUCUUUUUAAGUGUCGAUGUGUGACCGUGUGUGCACUGGCAUGGCUGUUUUCAUAGGUCACCCAGCCCAGCCACCAGUAGUCGUCACGCAGCGUUUAAAAGAGAGCUUUCAGUGUUUUCGUCGUUCAAGCGAUCCCAUGAAACUGGCCGUCUUCUCAUGGCCAUGCGACAGAUAGACAGACAGUCAGAGUAUCCUAGCAGAGUUUUCAUUUUUUUUGGAUAGAAAGGCAGAAAUUUGAUUGGCAGGUGUGCCGGCGAGACACGAUGGUUGUUUCUCGACGACAAACUGUGGUAAAGUCGUGAACUUGUGCACUUUUAAAUUCCACCCGCUCAGAAAUGCAUUUUUCUCUUUGCUGCAAAAAACAAUGGAGCAUUUGUUUGUGUACUGUGCCUCCGAGAAUCAGAACGGUAUCUCCUGCAAUUGUGUUUCUUUGUUUUAAUUGCCUGAAUAUACAUAUAUAUAUCAAUAUAAAUAAAUAUAUAUAUGUGUAUAAAA